UCUGGGUGUCCUGCAGCAGCAUCACGCCGUGGGUCCUGCCUGAGACACAGUGAAGCCCCUGCAGCCGCUCCCACCCAUGGAGCUCCUCGCCCUGCGCUGGGUGCUGCUGGCCGGCACCUUGCUCAGCACGUCGGCCACCAGCAGCACCCUGCAACAAGGUGACCUCAGCCCCAUCACGGUGCGGAUGGACAUGGCCCUGAACUCCUAUGAUGACCAAUACAAUGGCUGUGAGGACAAGAUGAAGGCUCGGCUACCGGAGUUGAACCGUACAGAGAUUGACACAAACAGCAUCUAUGCUGCCACCUGGAAGAAAGCAUCUGCAGAAUGGCAGCAGCGCUGCCGCCGUCGCUCUGACUGCCCGCAGCUGACCCAGGAUCAGGCCAUCGCUGUGCUGGCGUACACUGCUGCAGGUGGGAUGUGUCAGCAGUUCAAUGAAGCCACCCGUCAGGGCGGGCGCUCCCGCCAGCACUACCUCAAUUCAUACCACUUCAAGGUGCUGCACUUCCUCCUGACCCAGGCGCUGCAAGCCCUGCAGAGAUCACAGCCCGACUGCUACAACGUCUACCGCGGUGUUCGAGGCAUCCAUUUCACAGCUGAAAUAGGCAAGGCUGUGCGCUUCGGCCAGUUCACCUCCACCUCCCUAUGGAAGAAUGCCACAAAGAAGUUUGGCAACGACACCAUCUUUGUGGUGAAUACUUGCUAUGGUGUCCCCAUCAAGAACCUGUCCUACUUUAAGAAAGAGAGUGAAGUCCUCAUCCCACCCUUUGAAGUCUUCAAGGUCACCAACUUCACCAGAAUCAAUGGCAAACCCCAAAUCCAACUCCGCUCUAAUGGAACACUGAGCAGACACAACUGUGAGCUUGUGAAGGAG